ACAAAGAAUAUGCUAAAAACAAAAUUGCUCAGUGCUGUGUGAAAACAAAGAAAGUUCUUCAAAAUUAACACAAUGCAAAUUGUGAAGUGAUAGCAAAUUACGAAAUCUUUAGUCAGUUUGAACUUUGACACGCACACGCACCGUUUCGGCUUUCACUUUUAACGCAUAUAACCAAAAACGGCAGCAAUACGACGCAGUUGACGAAAGCAGCAACGACAGCAACAACGACCACGACACCUUGGCAAAGUUCAAGACUCCAGAGAGACGACGAAAUAGCUUCAAGCAACGUAGGAUUAUGGCGACAAAACGACGACCUUUGCGACCAAAUCUUUCUGGUGCUCAAAGCGGAUCCAACAUGAACUUUCGACCUGGCGGUCCAGAUAUAACAAGGUCCGAGGCGCGGGGAACUCGACCAACCGCUGCACCCACUAGCAUACGCGAAAUUCUGGUCAUGGGCGUUAUACAUUUAUGCAAAAAAACCAUAUUCUUCAAUACUGAUCUGAAAGUGGCGCUCUAUUUGGGCAGCCUAUUUCUUAUAUCGCUAAUAGGCGACUUCUUGCCCUUUCCAAAGACUUACUUUGCUCGCUCCGAUAAUCUUUUUAACAUGUACUUCGUGAAAGUUGGCUGGGGCUGGACAUUGCUGUUUACUGUACCAUUUUUGGUGCUCACCGCCCUCACGCUCAGUUGUGGGGAUAUGAAGAAUAUGCUGCGGCAUCAUUUCCCACGCAUAUUCAUAGCCACGUUCUUUUGGUUUUUCUGGACAAAAAUAUUUAAUAUUAUCGAGACCUCCUAUGGUCGAUGCACGGUCAGAGGUUUCCAAACCAAGUCUGGUUGUCUAAAGGCUGGCCACCUGUGGCACGGUUUCGACAUCUCUGGACAUGCUUUCAUACUGAUACACUCUAGUCUGGUGCUCAUCGAGGAGGCACGUCCCAUCAUUAAGUGGGAAACGAUAAAGGAGCACAUACGCAAUGAGCUGCAUAAUCGAAGCGUCAAGGAAAACACUGGAACCAAUCCGCUGCGCGCCCUCAACGACGAACAAAUGCGUACCCUUAAGUUUCUCUACACCCGCCUCACGCCCAUCAUAAGGACGUUGUUCAUAGGAAUGGCUGCUCUGCAGCUCCUUUGGGACAUAAUGCUUGUCGGCACGAUGCUUUACUAUCAUCGAAUGAUCGAGAAAGUCAUUAGUGGAAUUAUAGCCAUACUUACGUGGUAUUUUACGUAUCGCUUUUGGUAUCCAACGCCUGGCUUGUUGCCCGACGCUGCUGGCAAUGGUUUCUUUCAUUACCAGCGCGACAGCUUUGCUUUUAAACGUCCCACGCAUUUACCGGGCUGCAGUGCAGCUCCAUCGAGCUCUGGCAGUGGCGUCAGAGCGAAUCCGAAUGGCACCAGCGGCACUAGGAUACCGGGCAAGGGAGGAUUGGCUGGAAGCCCCGGAGGAGCCGGCAUCAAUACGCAGCAAAUACCCACCUUCAUGGGCAUGCCGUUGUUCACUAAUGCAAAAGCCGCCAGUGCGGCGGCUAAUUUAUUGCAGACGCAGCAACAACAACCACAACACCAGGAAACGGGCGUCGACAGUUGAAUCUGAGACUGUAUGGCCCACAAAGGCGAUAUAUUGCAAGGAAUUGAUAUUUGGUUCAUAUUUUUUGGGGUAGUAGCUAGAAUACCUAAAUCAUAAUCUAACUUUUGAUAUAUACGUGUGUAUAUUUAUAUGGGA